AGCUCGAGCAUCUUCCAGUAUUGCUUCCCAAGCACGAGAUCACGUUAACAGAUUGGGAGUUCGACUGCGAGCCGCAUGGCCGAGUGGAGCGGACUACUCAUCGCCCCGAAGAAGGAGGCUCGCGGCGCCGAGUCCGCGGAAGGAGCCCCGCCAGGCAAGAAGGCGAACACCGACAACGCCGCCUCCGACCAGAGGCUGCUGAGGCAGCUAGAGAGCAGGAUGCGCACCCUAGAGUUCGAGAUGCAGGUAACCAAGUUCUUCAACAACGACGCCCAGAUCAUAUGCAACAUGGUGGACCUUCAGAAGCAUUACGACACGCAAGUCAAGCAGAUCGGAGGCGGUCACAAGCUGGGGAGCCCCCAUCUACAUCUUUUCGGCAGCAUUCUGAGCGAUAUCGAGAGCUUCUUCACCAAGGGCGUCUCCCCCGACCUCCAGGGCUUCCAGUUCCUCGCCGAGCGCCUGAAGCUAAACAUAGAGGUCUCGAAGGACCCGAUUUUGAUCGAGGAGUGGUGCAAGGUAUGUGGAUACAGCAAGACAUUCGACGGCAAGAAGACGCGCCUGACCCUGGACUUGCGCGGACAGGUAGUGGUAGGCAGCAACGCGGACGUGGCCAGGGAGUUAUUCCAAAAGGCAAAGGAGGAGCACGAGCUGGGAGAGAUCCACACGCACCCCCUCGAGGUCGCGUUCCCCCUCCCCGCGAGAUCCAAGCUGAUGACGCUCAACCACGCCUUCGCCACCAUCCUCAGGGGCAUGGGCGCCGACGGCAAGCAGGGCCGCGCCCCGAAGGGCAAUCUAGUCAGGAAGAUCGGAGGCAGCAACAACAGGAAGUGAGUGAACAUGACGUAGCAGCCCGCGUGAGCCUAGCUGCGGAGGCCGCAGCGGGCGAUCACCCCCCUGAAGACUUCGAGGCAGAUGAGGAGGCAGCAGGAUUUUUUGGAUUCUGACCUUUGGUUUUUUUCCAGCCCGUCCGUGCUUCCUCUCCUCGGUGAAAUCCAGGAGGCCGCAGCGUGUGACGCGUCUAAGCGACGUGGCCCAGGCGACCAGACACCGUUUCCAGAAGCUUUCUUGUAUCGGGGUUGCCGAGUGGGU